GCAAUUCAAAAAAAUCAGAAACUACGCAGAGGAAUGCCUACAGUCUAUUCCUGACAGUACAAUGGUCAUUCAUACUACAAGAGUAGUUCCUGAUUCUCCCUCUAUAUUUCAACGCAUAUAUGUGUGCUUCGGACCGGUUAAAAAAGGGUUUCUUGAAGGUUGUAGGAAGGUUGUUGGACUAGAUGGGUGCUUUCUUAAAGGUCAACUGAAAGGGGAGAUACUAUCAGCAGUAGGUAGAGAUGCCAAUAACCAAAUGUACCCCAUUGCAUGGGCGGUAGUUGAGAUUGAAAACAACUCGUCAUGGGCCUGGUUUCUAGAGCUUCUGAAAACUGAUCUGCAAAUCACUAGGUCAGAUUUGUGGACUAUCAUAAGUGACCAACAAAAGGGUCUUUGUAAUGUGAUUGCAAGGGUUUUCCCAGAGGCUGAGCACCGAAAUUGUGCUAGACACAUUCAUGCGAAUUGGAGCAAAACCCACAGAGGUUUGCUU